ACUGCGCAAAACUGGGAAGUAAAUCAACACGGCGUUUGUCCAUAUUCGCUUCUACUAAAAAGGAAUAACACCGUUUUUCGACGAUAAGGUGCAGAGCAGUGAUGUCACAGAACUGAGGACCGUCUCAUACAAAUGUGGAGUUCGGAGAGCGGCUGACCUCCCCAUCAUUAGCCCCGUCGUCCCUUCACAUGGCCUCUUCUUCAGCCAGCUCCUCCCCUGCUCCACCCCAGACACCCUCCACAAAGUCCUACCCGGCCCCGAGCCCUGCAGGCAGCUCCCCUCUCAUCACCUGUGGUCAUCUGCGCCAGGUGACUGGGAAUGAACGUUCAAAUAUUUCUGGCAGUUACAAUGGUUUUCCUUUGGUCAGCCAUCCAGCUUUCGGACUCUACACAUCAGGUUCAGGCCGCUCUGAGUUUGGAGGCCUUGGUCGUCUGGGCUUGUCUGCCUUGACUGCUCACUCCCAGUUUGGUACAUUUCCAGACUGGUGGCGGCCAUCUGAGGUACAGGCCAGCGGAGUAGGCUCCUUCUUCCCUCCUCUUCUAGGUCUGCAUCCCGUAUUUGCAUCAACCUUCAAAAGCCACAACCCCACUCACUUGCAGUCAUGCGCCUCAGUUUCUGUAGGCGUAAUUGGAACAGUCAAUGGUAGGAGUGCUUCGUCUCCUACUGGGAACUCUGCUGUGAACACCAAUUCAUUUCCAACAAAGAGAAACGUGGAGAAAACUAAAGCCAACAGUACUCAGAGUCAAAAGAACAGUCAGGAGCUGAGCCAACUGCACCAGAAGAUCACCCAGAAAACCAAAGAAAAGAAACCCAACAAAAGACCAAUAGAGACCUCCAGCAUGAGUGGCAGCCAAUCGGGAUCGUUGUCAGAUAGCUCCUGCAGUGAUGGUGAGGACAGCAGCAGUGAUCCUGAUGAUAUCGAGGAUGACGACGACAAUGAUGAAGAUGGGGAUGAUCAGAGCAAUGACAGUGGCGAGUCUGAUUCAGAAAAGGACAGUCAAGUGAAAAGGAAAAUCAAGCGGCUGACACAGAACACUUCUGAGAGUAAAAAGAAGAGACCUUGCACUGCUGAUGGAAAUUCAGCUCAAGACGGUCAACGUGAAACUGUUCCUUUGACUUCCCCGUACCGUCUGCAUUCCUCUUCCCAUCUCGCCGGCCUGUCGCAGUCGACAGCACUGGUCCUCCCGAGCUCCGGGACUGCGGAGGAGGAAGGCCAGCAGCACAUCAGCGUGAUCCAGGCCACAGGGUUGGCAGCCGGCAACAGCCCCCAAGCACCGUCCCACAGGGAGGCCUCUCUACUGCCCUCCAGACUGCCGACCCUGUUAGCCUCUCAAAAGCCUCCUCAGAAACCCACAUUCUUGAUGCCCUCUCUGAAGCACACCCAGCUGGCUGAUGGCAUGAAGGAGAGCAGUGGAAACCUUCAGGAUCAAAGAUCGACCCUCCAGUCCAAGGACUCUGUGAAGCAAGCUUUCCCUCUGCGACCUAAGAGCCAGAACUGGUAUAAAAGUCACAAAGAUUCAGCAUCCUCUUCAUCGUUGCCGACACGGCAUAAACAUUCAUUGGAUACUUUCAGCAGUCAUUUACUGUCCCUCCCACACAGCAGUGACACCAAUCUGUUCCUGAACCACCACCUUAAUGGAGUGAUCCACAACGCAGUUCAGGAUGCCCCUUUGGCCCUCAUCACUAAACCCCGCAGCCAGGUCAGCAUCCCAAGUAGCAAGCCACUCCUGGGAGCCACCAGCCCGCCCUAUCUCAUGGCCAUCAACCUGAACACAUGCACUGAGGAGAUGUCCGGCAGCUCUGCUUCCCUACUUAAAUCUCCAGUCUCAUCAGGUCUUGCUCACAGGCCAAGGAAGAAUAACACUCCCAAGUCUCUCCACGCAGGAAAGAGCCUCGCUAAAACCAACGCAUCCUGUCCACCUGUAGACUUGGUCAGAGGCAGUGAGUCUGAUAUCCACAGCAGCAGGGACUCAGACGACUCUUUAGGAGAUGACUUUGAUGACGAUGAUGAAGACAAUGAAGAUAAUAUUGAGGAUGAAGAUUCUGGCAGUAGCCUCUCAGAGUCGGAGAGCAAUCUGGAUAGCGACUCUGAUGGCUCCGAAGAUGGUAUUAAGGAACGCAGUGAGACGGAAACAGACAGCGAUGCAGAAAAGACUCACCUGAAACUCGCUAAAGCGUCCACGUCUUCUAACAAGUCCUCCACGAGCCUCUCAGACAACUGCUCGCUGCUUAACCUGCAGAUCAUCAAGCCUCAAAGUUCACCUCGUAGCCCACCUGGCCCCAACACAGUGACCAGCUCUGGGGCCCUCAGUAACCACAGCACCAUAUCGCCAUCCUUCACGUUUGCAACUCAGCCAGGAUCAGGCAAGAGGAGGAGAGUAACUGAUGAGAGAGUACUUCGGUUGCCUCUUAAGUUUGGGUGGCAGAGAGAGACGCGUAUCAGGACGGUGGCGGGUCGUCUCCAAGGAGAAGUUUCUUACUUUGCUCCAUGUCGGAAGAAGCUUCGUCAGUAUCCUGAUGUCAUGAAGUACUUACUUCGGAAUGGAAUAACUGAAAUCUCACGAGAUAAUUUCAGCUUCAGUACAAAAAUUCAAGUUGGCGACUUCUAUGAAGCCAGAGAAGGACCGGAGGGCUUACAGUGGUUCUUGCUGGCAGAGGAGGAGAUCGCUCCCAGUAUCAUGGCGAUGGAUGGGAGGCGCAGCCGUUGCACACAGUCUGAGCGGCAGUCAAUAGGUGAUGUCACUGGGGCCAGCCGGUGGAAGAGCCAUCCUCUUAAUAUUGAUGAAAAUAACUUCCAAGAUGUCAGUGAUGCAAAGCUGUUACGCAAACUGGAGGCUCAAGAAAUAGCUCGACAGGCAGCUCAGAUCAAAAUGAUGAGGAAACUUGAGAAACAGGUUAUGGCACAAGCAGCCAAAGAGACAAGGAAGCAACAAGCAAUAGUGGCUGCAGAGGAGAGGCGGAAAAAGAGGGAGCAGAUGAAGAUUAUUAAACAGCAAGAGAAGAUCAAGCGCAUUCAGCAAAUUCGUAUGGAGAAAGAAUUCCGUGCACAGCAAAUUCUCGAGGCUAAAAGAAAGAAGAAAGAAGAAGCAGCCAAUACCAAAAUAAUGGAGGCUGAGAAGCGAAACAAGGAGAAGGAGAUACGAAGACUCCAAGCUGUCAUAAUGAAGCAUCAGGAGUUGGAGAGACAUAGACUAGAUAUGGAGAGGGAAAGACGCAGGCAGCACUUGAUGCUCAUGAAGGCUGUGGAGACCCGUAAGAAGGCAGAGGAGAAGGAGCGUCUGAAGAAAGAGAAGAAGGACGAGAAACGCUUAAACAAGGAGAAGAAACUAGAGCUCCGAAGAUUGGAACUUGAAAAAGCAAAGGAGCUGAAGAAACCAAAUGAAGACAUGUGUUUAGCAGAUCAUAAGCCACUUCCAGAGUUGUCCCGGAUCCCCGGUCUGGUCUUAUCGGAUAGUACCUUCUCUGAAUGCCUGAUGGUGCUGCAGUUUCUGAGAAGCUUUGGGAAGGUCCUGAAGCUCGACAUGAAUCCAAACAUGCUGAACCUAAGUGACCUUCAAGAGGGCUUGCUGAACACUGGGGACAGUAUGGGCAAGGUGCAGGACCUGCUGGUGAACAUGCUCUCUGCAGUUGUGUGUGAUCCUGGGAUACCUGCCGGUCCCAAGAAUAAGACAGCCUUGGGGGACCACCUGACUAAUGUUGGGAUCAACCGGGACAACGUGUCUGAGAUCCUGCGUAUCUACAUGGAGGGUAGCGGCCAGACGGAGCAGGCCGCUCUGGCCCUCAGCCUCAGGACCAAGGCGUUUCAGGCCCACAGCCCGUCACAGAAGGCCUCCAUGCUAGCAUUCCUAGUUAAUGAGCUCUGCUGCAGUAAGGCUGUGAUCAGUGAGAUCGACAAAAACAUAGAUCACAUUACCAACCUGAGGAAGGAUAAGUGGAUAGUCGAGGGAAAACUUCGCAAACUGAGAAGCAUCCACGCCAAGAAGACUGGGAAAAGAGACAGCAAUGUGGGAGGAGAGGACUGCCACAUCGUAGUUAUCCCCACUGCUAGAAACAAAUGCAAGAGGAAAGACGGGGACAGUGAGGAGGAAGAGGACGAGGAUGACACCAGUGAAGACCAAGGAGAGGACGACGACGAUGAUGAGGAAGAGGAAUUGGGGGGGAGAAAGGGGAAGAAAGCAGAGAUAUGUGAAGAGGAGGACGACAGUGUCCACUCGGCCAGCAUGGAGGAGCUGGAGAAACAGAUAGAGAAAACAUACAAGCAACAGAGUCAGAUCAGACAGAAGUUAUUUGACUCGUCUCACUCUCUGCGCUCCAUGGCGGUUGGAGAGGACCGCUACAAGAGACGCUACUGGGUCCUCCCACAGUGCAGCAGCGUCUUUGUGGAGAGCGGUGAAGGUUGUGACGAGGCGGAGAGAGAGAGGAAAAGACAGAGGACCUCCGCGGUGAUCGGGGUAAAAGAAGAAGAGCAGGAAGAGACGAAGAAGGCAGUGGCGUCCAGCCCAGCACAGAGCACAGACGGCUCUACAACCACACCGGAGGGCCAGCAGGAUAAGGACAGUCUCAAUCUGUUCCUCCAGAAACCCGGCUCCUUCUCCAAGCUCAGCAAACUCCUUCAAGUUGCCAAAAUGGCUCCAGAUUCAGACAUCAACUCUCACUGCAGUCAUUCUGCUCGUGUACCUACCACUGCAUGUCAUCCCUCAUAUCCUACCUCUCGGACAGCGACUCGUCAGCAGGGACUGAUCGAUAAAUUGGAUACUUCAGUGGUGUCUCUGCUUGGUGCUCCCCAGCUCAAUAGUCCCUGGAUGAACUGCAGUCCUCAGUCUAUCUUUCACGAGGAUCUGCUCUCCAAGAUACUGAUGGAAAAGAGCAACCAGUGGUUUAGCCUCUUGCCUCGCUCUCCUUGUGACGAGUCGUCGUUCGCCUCCUCAGGCUCCAGCCCUCCAGCCUCCUCUCCACUACAGACCUCCUCCCCUAAUCCACUAGCUAGUUCCACUGGUCCUGCUGGGGUCAAUAACAUUCAGCCUUCUGUCUCUCAGCAAGUACAGUCUGGCAUUCAUCAAAGCAGGCUGACAUGGUGCGACGGCUUCGGCGCAGCAACAUGUACCAGCCUGCCCUUCUCUGGUGCUUAUCUACCCCCAAUGCUGGAUCUGGCCUCUCAACAUGCAGAGGGUGAUGGCAAAACGGUCAUCUUUCUGGCAAACAACAACUGUGUCGACAAGAUCGAGACCCCAGAGCGACAGAGUGACAAGCCCGAGUGUGCUUCAUUCCCUGCUGUGGACGUGGCCAAGACCCAGGACUACCCGAGUCCUCAGCCCAUCCCCGAGGAGAUGCUUUGUGGCUGGUGGAGGGUGGCAGACAAGGAGGAGCUGCACAGUCUGGUCAAGGCCCUCCACAGCCGGGGCAUCAGAGAGAAGGCCCUGCAGAAACAGAUCCAGAGACAUAUGGAGUACACAAACCAGCUCUGUGCCAACAGCAAAGACGCGAUUGAUGUGCUGGAGAAGGGGGAGUCGAGUGAGGAGACAGUGGAGGGUUGGUGUGUUGAGGAGCAGGCCAUGGAGGUGGACAUCAGCCUGCUGCAGCAAGUCGAGGGUCUAGAGAGGAAAGUUAUAUCGGCCAGCCUGCAGGUCAAGGGUUGGAUGUAUCCCGAGCCCCAGUCGGAGAGGGAGGAUCUGGUCUACCAUGAGCACAAGCUGCUUUCUCUCCCUCCUCCAGAGAAGAAGGGACAGAGAGAAACCAGCCAGGAGGAACCCCCUGGCCCGGUGGUGCGACGGCCUGAUAAUCCCCUUGAUAUAGCUGUCAUCAGGCUGGCAGAGCUGGAGAGGAACAUCGAGCGAAGUGAGGAGGAGGUGGCACCGGGGAUGAGGUUGUGGCGUAAAGCCCUCGGUGAAGUCCGCAGCUCGGCCCAGCUGUCACUCUGCAUUCAGCAGCUGCAGAAAUCCAUUGCCUGGGAACGAUCCAUCAUGAAAGUGCACUGCCAGCUCUGUCAAAAGGGAGAUAAUGAAGAACUGCUCUUACUCUGUGACGGCUGUGACAAAGGCUGCCACACUUACUGCCAGAAACCCAAGAUCACGACAGUACCUGACGGCGACUGGUUUUGUCCCACUUGUGUAGCAAAGGGAAGCGGUCAAUCCCUCUGGAGUAGGAAGCAACAAAGUCGAACAGCUGGAGGAGGGAAGAAAGGCAGCGAGGUAAAAAAAAACAGUAAGCCAUCUGUGGUAGGAGAGCUCAUCAAAGAAGAGGCUGCCAGCAGCAACAGCGUGCCAAAGAAAGGUACCAAGGAGUUAAAGAAGAGGAAAGGAGACGAAAGCCCCCCCUGCUCCCAGGCCAGGCAAGGCAGCCCUGUCCACUGUGUUAAAAAAGCCAAAAUGACCAAAGAUAGCACCACAAAUGGGCUCACGAUGUGCCGAGUGCUGCUGGAUGAGCUGGAGGCCCAACAGGACGCGUGGCCCUUCCUCACGCCCGUCAACCAGAAAGUGGUCCCUGGAUACAGGAAGGUCAUCAAAAAGCCCAUGGACUUCUUCACCAUCAAAGAAAAGCUCACCAACAACCAGUACUUGAAUUUGGAAACUUUCAUCGUUGACGUGAACCUGGUUUUUGAUAACUGUGAACAAUUUAACGAGGACGAUUCCGAAAUCGGACGUGCCGGACACAACAUGAGGACAUUUUUUGACAAACGAUGGACUGAACUGCUGGAGUAACCAUUUGCAGUGUGGCCUUUCAAUGCUAUUCUCUACAUGGCACACUUCAGCUACGGUGUUAGAGGCCUUCUCAUCACCUGAGACACUAAAUCGAUAAAUAAGUUAUAAUUCCACUGACGUGCAAUGUGAUGGGACAAAUUCUCCUGCUGCGAAAAACACACUUCAUGGAUUAAUAUCUUAAAGUGCAAAACUGUUUUCUUUAUCAGAAUGCACUGACUCUUGGGCUCAAUAAUGUAUUCGGGCCUUUCUACUUUGGGGAUGUCCUCAGUCGAUUGGCCUUGAUGAUUCCUUUUUUUUACCAUCAGUACUUUAUUUCAGUGUAUAUAUGUGUAUUUAUUUUCUCAAGUAUUUAUGUUACAGUCUGUCUUUUCUAAAAAAAGUAAAAAAGCAGGACAUGGCACAAAGCUUUAAAAGAAAAAUCAAGAGAUUGUUUUACUAUUGAACUAGCCAAUCAAAAAAGGAAUUGUUUACAGCUCUUUGACUAUAGGGUGCCAGCAGUACUUCUGUUAAUCUGCAAGUUAAUUGUGUAAAAUAACAGGAGGUAUCACUCUUUCAAGUUGUAUUUCUAACAUGUAUAGAGUGUACAUACCAUACAGUCUUGUUAAAAUAUUGUUGAUGCAUAAGGAUGAUUGUAGCACUUCAUAUGUCUUAUACUGUCCUCUGCCGGUGCUGAAUAUCCACUCAAACACUGGCCUCCUCAGUAUUGUUGUGCCUGACCUCUGACCUCUAAACAGUGCGUGGAGGAGUGUGCUUUUUUCUAUUUUCUGUGUGUGUGUACUGUUUGUGUAUGUGUGUUCUGCACAAUAUACUGUUGGAAACCCUUACACAAAAUGUAAUAUUCUUGUGAGCUUCUACUCUGAAAACAAUAGAUGUGGUGCAUAUAGUGCGUGUCAUCUCCAAGCGUUUCCUUCAGCCAGUCUUGUCAGGCAUCCCGUGGACAGCCGUAAACCUGCAGUGGGUCAGACAGUGUCACGGUCCAGUAGAGGCGUCUCAAGACAGCUGAAGUCAGAAGACUCGAAGUAACUGUAUUUUAUUAUGAAUAUUGUGAAAUGAGUAGCGACUUUUGUGGAAAUAUUAUUUUGGAAUAGUGAGUGUGUGGCACAGAUAAAAUAAACCUGUUUCUCAAUAACACUUUUAGGCCCUCGCCGUCUUCCCUUUUGAUUUAGAGCAAAUUGUAUACUGACAAUUUUUUAAUCAUAGAUUUAAAUUAAAACUUUGAUUUGGUUGAAAUGGA